AUGUCACUGGCCUUAACUUCGACGAUUCCGUGCAACGACGUCCCCUUCUUGUCUCCACAAAGAAUCCCUCCUGCAGUUCUACAAGAGGAUCCGUGUUCAUGGUACAAGCCGCCAGCUCGACGACUACAAGACGCACUUCAAGAAUGCGCAGAUAUCGAUCAAGAGCUGAAAGUUCUAGAGACUUCAGGCCACAGUGACGACGACGAAGAUACUUCGUCCGACCCAUUCAUCGAUCAGUUCUACGACGAACAAGGACGGACAUUGUCCGAACAAUUAUUAUGUGGUCGAAUGCGAGUUUUGGCACUGGUAAAGUUGAUCCACGGACAACAUAGUAUUAGUAAAGCUCAUGCUGAACUUGAAUUGGGCGAGACUUACGCUAGAAUGAAUCUCUGGAAGCAGGCCGAGCUGCAUGCUUCGUGUACUGCUAGUCUUCUCCGCGAAAUCGAGAUCUCGUCACAAAAGGAGAAAGGAGCAACUGGAAGACAGAAAGAAAGGGGAAACUUGCUACGACUAGCUCUGGAGUUCUGCUACGAAGCUCAAUGUGACGAAACAGCUCGAGGUCGCGUAUCUGCUGACGACUUACAGACGCUAUUGAGCAAACACGGAGACGCUGGUAGUCGCAAUCAACUUCUAGCUGCCGUUUUCGAACGCGAUAUGUUGGAGAAGGCGUUUGCGUCGAAUCAAACUCUUCAUUGGCAGAAGCUGCUGCUGCGACUCGAAGAGAUCAGCGAGGAAAUGCAUCAACAUCUCACGUUUGUGUCUGCACGAUUGCCUCCUGGUGUAGCGCAGAUGCUGAUUGCUUUAUUCGUAUCUCUCGACACAGCAGAAGACGGUAUCGUGCCAUUCCACACGUUUCUCGAUCGUCUGCAGACAGCAAAUACGGACUUGAGUAACCGGAAAUCCUCUGCUGUGUCGUAUAUCCGAGGUCUCUGUGCUACGCUACAACGUGUACUCAAUCGAGUGUGCUACCACUCGCUCACAUGGACAGAGAUCCUAACGCUCGGAGCGCACAGCAAUCUUCAACUUCCUCUAAACGACGAUGACUCGAAAUUCGACGACAGUCCACCAGCGCUUCUAGGACGAGUCAAACUGCUCUUAAGUCGCGUGUAUCUUCGACGAGGGCAGCUCGAAGAAGCCGUGCGAUAUGUCGAAGCGGCAGUAAUUGCACGAGAGAAACUCGACGCUGACUGCAGCGAUCUGGUGCAAUUCUAUCUCGUAGCCGCUGAAGCGCAAGCGAGACGUGGACGACAACUCCGCGUUCUCGGACAACAAGCACGUCGCGAUCGUGCCGAAACGUGGCUUCAGUCGACCGAAGGCUCACGGCAUCUGCGCUCUCGAGCACUAGAAGAGGUCGAGCUUGCGAGUGGCACUGGACAUCCUUUAUUGUCGAGAAAAGAAGCGGAGGCUCGUGCAAGAACGGUGUUGAUCCGAGAGCUUACGCUCUCUCCCCCACCGUCAACACUCAGUGCGAAUCGUAUGGGGGGUGACUGUGAAGUUUCGGCUCGUUCGCUGAUGGAUGAAGCGCUGGAAAGCUGCAACAGGGCAUGGGAACUUCAGGAACGUCACUUUGGUCGGGACCACGUCACCACUGCAGCGGUACACGUGAGUCUUGCGCAGGUCCAUCUUCUUCGAAGUAUCAAUGAGGAUCGAGCGAGUGCUGACGAAGCGAAAGAAGCGGCUCGUGAAGCGCAGCACUGCUUCAUUGCAGCUAUCGACAUCUACGAGAACGCGUGCAGCGGAACUGUCCCCGCUUCAGCGUUUCUCCGUCUCGAACUGGCCAAAUUGUACCAACAAGAUCAACUGAAGCUCGAUAAAGCUUGCUCCGAGUAUGAACUUGUAGGUCGAUUCUUCGCGACCUUUUCCUCUGAGUUCGCAGGCUGUGAAAGUACCAAACGGGAGUGUACUGCCCUGGCGUUGGAUGCCUUCCGUCAAUGGAUCACACUUAGUCGAAGUGGGCGCACGACUUCAUUGGACGACCAGCGACUUGUGCUCGAGGAAAUGCUCAACGUUAGUGUCAAUGGAUACGGCGAAUUCUCGAUCGAGGCGUGUCAAAGUGCCGCGGAACUGGCAAGAAUGCUGCAUCGAAUAGCAACGUCGAGAGAGGGGCGACUAGAACCCCAAAGCGAGAUCCAGGAUAAACUGCGCGCUGCUACGAAGCUGCUAAGGUCUGCUACGUACAUCGCAGAGAGUUUGUUAGGGGCCAAUGAUCGACGAUCACGGAAGUAUCGCAAAGACGCCAAUGAAAUCGAGUCGACGAUGCGAUCUACGCGUGCAGGGGAGCAAGAAGACGGCGGAGGACACGAAUGGCUCACGAUCUAG